UGUUGAUGAGGAAGCUUCCUAGAAGAAAUGGAGCAUAUGGCUUCAUGCUAAUUAUCUUUCAUAAUGGUGACAUCACAUGGAAAAGCAUCCAAGGGUUCUCUCAGCCAGCCUCACGGUUCAUGCUGCUGAUCCCGACAUCCUCACCGACUUCAUUACUCCUCCUGGCGUUAAUCCAGAUGCCAAAUUCUUCACCUUUACAGGGUUCAAAGAAGCCAUUACAGGUGGACCAAAUGGUGUUCCCUUCAAGGUGACGAAAGCUACAGAAUCAGAAUUCCCUGCUCUCGCAGGCCAAAGCGUCUCCUUGGCUGUUCUCCAGUAUGAGCCCAGUCCCACCGGAAUCAACCCACCCCAUAUCCAUCCUCGCUCUGCAGAGCUGUUACUUGUCAUACAGGGGGUGGUUAAGGUUGGCUUGAUUGAUUCUGCUAAUGAACUCUACACUCAGACGUUAUAUGCCGGAGAUGCAUUUAUAUUCCCCAAAGGACUUGUUCACUUCCAGGUUAAUGGGGACUCCAAAUACCCUGCAGUUGCUGUUGCAGCUUUUGGCAGUGUUAAUCCUGGAGCCAUUGUUUUACCCAAAAACAUUUUUGGUAGUGGGAUUCCCAACUGGGUGUUGGCCCAAUCCUUUAAAACUGAUGUGGAAACCAUCAGCAAACUUGUUUCAGCUAAUUUGGGUUAA